CCUUCCUGCAACCUAACAGGUUAACAGCACAGAGUGAGGGUUCUUCACAAAGGAGCGAGGGAGCUUGAAGAGCUUAGAGAUUGAGUGAUUAUUUGCGAAGAUGAAAGCAAUCUAUGUCUUUGUACUAUCAGCUCUACUGAUAUCCUCAUGGGUACCCACUUCUUACUCUGCUAAGAAACCAGUUUCUAUCGCCAGGAAGGAAGAUAUACCACAUAUCAAAUGCCAGGUCUGUGAAAAGAUCGCUACUCAGCUAUACAAGCAAGUGAAGGAGAAAGAAGCUCAGAUUUCUCCCAAAAAGGUGUCGGAGUUACAGAUCAUCGAAAUAUCUGAAAAUGUUUGCAAUUUGAAGAAACACGAAGCAGAUUGGAUUCUGAAAAUCGAUAUAGUAGAGAGCGGGGACAAAUUGGAGCUUGUCGAACAAGAUGACGAAGGGCAUUGCAAUUCAGAAUGUAAGACGAUAGAGCGGGCUUGUCAGGAGGUCAUGGGUUAUUCUGACACUGAUGUUGCUGAAUAUCUGUUCAAAGCCAAGCCUCAGAUUGAUUCACUAGUAAAUUAUCUUUGUCAUGAUCUUACUAAAGCAUGCUCUGUCAAGCCACCUCCACUUCCCAAGGAUAGGAUUCCAGGAGAACCUUUUGUUCCUAAGUCAUCAAAAGAGGCUGAAAUGGAAAAGAUUUUGAAAUCCAUGGAGGGUAUGCCUGGAGCACCUGGCAUGAAAAUGUAUUCAAAGGAGGAUUUGCUGAAUACGCGGAAUUUCGGGGAUGAGGAAGACGAUGAAGAUGACACAGACGAUGAGGAGAAUUUUCCUUCUAAACUGGGUAAAGUCCUGAGAGAGAAAGAAACCAAAAAGGAAGGCUGGAAAGAGAAGAUAACCAAGGGAAUUUCAGACACGGGAGCAGCAUUAAGGAGACAUGCAGACAAGGUCUCACUCCGGGUACGGAAAUGGUGGAAAGGAAAGAAAAUGCAAAAAUCGAAGAAAUCUCCAAAUGCCAAGCCUGAACUUUAGAACUGUGCAGCUCAAUUAAUUCGGGUAUAGUGACGAAGGUUCACAGAUCAUGAUUUUGUAGUCGUUCCCGUUUCUUCUGUUAAAGUUGAGUGGUUGUAGCUGUUGAAACGAAAUAGAGUAUAGAAGGUAGCCACUGAGGGGGAGUUGGAGUGGAGUCCAAUUUGCCCGAGUCUGUAAACUCUUGGUGUUGAGGGUAACAGUGAUCUUCAAUUUUGGAAAAUUUUAUCAACCUCUUCCAUCUGACUAUUUUGAAAUCAUGUAUUUUAAUUUACUUUUGACUACCACAAUCAUGAAAACUGGAACAAGAGAUUGUUUUAAAUGAAAACUGCUGUCAUCUUGUCUCUUUCUUCA